CCUUGUAACUUAUUACUAGGUGUUGUGGUUAAAGUACGCAAGUCGCGCGUAUCCAAGGCAACCUAAUCCGGAGAGAAACGUAACAUGCCGAGCUUAGUAUCGUGGAAAUCCGUGCAAGCAGUUGUGAUAAGUUUACUACUUCUAACUACUUUAUCCCUGGAAUGCGGACCGGGACGGGGAUCAGGGCGGCGACGGAGGCCGCGGAAGUUAACCCCUUUAGUUUUCAAACAGCAUGUUCCUAACGUGUCGGAAAAUACCAUAGGGGCCAGCGGUCUGCCCGAUGGACCCAUCAGAAGAAAAGAUUCCAAAUUCAAAGACCUUGUGGUGAACAGAAAUUCAGACAUUUAUUUUAAAGAUGAGGAAGGAACGGGGGCUGAUCGAAUAAUGUCACAGCGAUGCAAGGACAAACUGAACAUGCUGGCAGUGUCCGUGUCCAAUCAGUGGCCGGGGGUGAAGCUGAGGGUGGUGGAGGCGUGGGACGAGGACGGCACCCACUCCAAGGACUCCUUGCACUACGAGGGCCGCGCCGUCGACAUCACGACGUCGGACAAAGACAGCAGCAAGUACGGCAUGCUGGCGCGCCUGGCCGUCGAGGCCGGGUUCGAUUGGGUCUACUACGAGUCGCGGAAUCACAUCCACUGUUCCGUCAAGUCAGAUUCGUCGGUGGCAAUAAAGAUUGGUGGAUGUUUCCCAAGCUCUGGGACGGUGGCGACCCCGACAGGUGUGAAGACUAUGGGCGAGUUGUUUGUUGGAGAAGAGGUCUUAAGCGUCAACGGGGCCGGCCAACAUGUGUUUAGCGAAAUCUUUGCAUUUCUCGAUAGAAACGAACGCGAGAGGGCGCUGUUUUACACCAUCUCCACCGACAGCGGAAGGGAGGUAACUCUGACGCCCAAACACCUCAUUUACGUGGCGGACGGUAAUUCGUCGGACCUUUCCGUGAGCGUUAGAUACGCCGAGGACGUUCGAGAGGGUCACCAUCUUCUCUUAGCAGACAGUGACGUCACUGACGACGUCACGAAUGGGCGAAUAACUCUUUCUAGAGUGACGGGUAUUAAGGCAAGGACUGAGGUUGGCGUUUAUGCGCCGCUGACCGCCCAUGGUUCGGUGGUCGUCGACGGAAUCGCUGUAUCGUGUUACGCAUACAUCAAUGACGCUGAUUUGGCGCAUUUUGUUUUCGCGCCAAUGAGAGGCCUUCAUGCGCUGUAUAGUUACCUCCCCUGGUUAGACGGAAGAGUGCGCACCAACACCACCGAGCGGGUCUCUGGGAUUCACGUAUACGCGAAACUGCUCUAUGAUUUCGCUUCGCUUUUCAUGAGUAGAAACACCCUCUACGUUCCGUGAACAAUGAACGCCCGUCAGCAACUGCUACUGUUUAAUUUCCGUUGGUGUUUUUGUUUUUUUCAAAAUUUAAUUUACGUCACAUACAGAUGAGUUACCAUGUUGGCAUACUAUUGCAGUAUUGACGUCAGUUGAUGACGUCAUAAAUAAGCCAAUGAUUUCGGUUCAUGAGAAAACAUGCAUAAUUAUGACAUUAUAUUACAUUCUUUUGUUACUUACCAACACAUAAGACUAGACGCGGUCCUGAAAGAAAGACUGACAUGGUUGACAUACUUCUAAUAAAUACAC